AAUUAGUUGUAGUGGCAACACUAGCAUUUAUAAAAAAAAAAAAAAUAUAGAUUGUCAGACUGACGGAUGACAAUUGUCUUUUCUUUUUGAGACCGGGCUGCUCCGAACCCCGCAAACACGAUAAGAUUUCUGUAAUAUUAUAUUAAAUAGUAAAUACCAAAUAAAUGAUAAUACAAGUGAAAGUAAACGAGUUUAAUUGCCGAAACACAUAAUCGACAACAAUUGGCGACCGAAGGAAUUUUCUAAUCUGCAAAUUACAAUAUGGAUUCCAAGGUAGAUUCCAAGACAAAGGAACGUGAUCAAAUGAGAAGACAAUUCACAAGGACAUCGAAAAAACUCGAAGACUAUAUCAAAAACACGGAAAUAUCAUCGGCGAUUAUAGAAUACGAAUAUUUGAAAGAAUGUACAGAAAAAAUAAAAAUGUUAGACAACGUGAUUGCGGAAAAAAUGAUAGAUGGCGACGAACACGUUUAUAACGAAGAGUGUGACCAAUCAGCAAACUUUAGGAAAAUCUACCUAACACUUAAGUAUAAAAUGGAUAAAUUAAUCCAAUCGAAAUUCACUAAGGAAACAACUACGUCAAAUUUAAAUUUACCAAAAAUUGAAUUAUUAAAAUUUGAUGAUGACCCACGCAAGUGGAUUGCGUUCUGGGGUCAAUUUAAGAAGAUACAUGAAUCGAACACAUUGCAACCUGAAGACAAAUUCCAAUACCUGCUACAAGGGCUGAAGGAGGGCUCUAAGGCAAAAAUGUUAGUCAGCAGCUUUCCAUCAUCGGCAGCCAACUACAUAAAAGCAAUUGAAGAAUUGAAGGAUAGGUUUGCAAAAGAAGAGAUAUGACAACAUCUCAACAGAACACGAAC